GUUGCAUCAACCUCUAGCUGCACUGGUCCGGGAGCAUACUCCUUGUCUCGCCUAUGCUCCCCGGUGCGGCUUCUCUUCUCGACCUUCUGUCUCAUCCCCGCCCUUGAAUUCGAACUUGGUCAUCGCACGCAGGCCGGGUAACACCGCUACAUAUUCCACCCCUCUCCCCCCUCUCUGUCCCGACGCACACGUCGGUCCUGUUGCCUCGACCGCAACCUUGGUUUCCAGAUUAUUUGUGCACACCUGAUUCAGCCCAGCUGUACGCAUUCUUCGAACACGUCCACGCUACACGCGUUGUAUUCGCAGCGACUGCACAGCGCUCAGUAUUAUUUCGGAAUCCUUCUGUGUUUACCUAGCCCGCCAUGAUGGACAUGCAUAUGGACAUGUUGCCUUCCCAGAUAGCCCAUUCACUAUCGCGUUCAGGAAACUCAUACGAUGACAAUCCCUCACCUAGGCCUUUACUGGAACGUCGCUCGCUUCCCCGAGACAACGAACCUCUUACCAUUCCGGUCGACAAGGUCCUCGCUCUCACCGACGAGGUUGCACAAACCCUGUCCACCGCUCACCCUCCACCAUCUAGCCGGUCACCAUUAUCUCAUCGUCCCUUUGCUCCACUGACGCCCAUUCUCGCUUCACCCCUCACAACACCUGCCACGAGCGUUUCCGCCAAUGCAUCGAGCGCUGGUUCGGAAGUGCCCUCACCAAAGUAUGCUGCAGCUGCUUCCGAUGCAGACUACCUAAAUCCCAGUGGCCGUCCUGAUGCAACUUUACCUCGCUCACAUAGUAGACCAUGGGUGACUCCUACGUGGACGUCAACGCCUCCCACACCACCUCCAAAAGAAAGUGAUGAGCCGUCGGACCCUCCGACUCAGCUCCGGCCUUCUAUUGUUCCAUCCAAUUCUCUUCCUGAGACCAAAUAUCCAGCUGUGUCGAGCUCCAGGAUGCACAGGCGCGCGUCCCUACCUCCUAUGUCAACACUCAAGCCCCUGCCACCCACACCUCCGGCCCCUUCCUCUACCGGCGUCCAGAUGCCUCUUCCCCGCAGGAAACCAACGUUGACUCGCGUUGCGAGCCCUUUGAGAUCUGUGUUAUCUGGGGAAAGAGCAGAGCCCCUGGAUGUGAAUGACCUCGUCAAGGAUUUGCCUCCCCUUCCUUCCGCACGGACCAAACCCCUGUUUCAUUUCUCUCAGGAUGAGUUGGACAAGGAUGAAGAUGAAGAUGGAGAUGAAUCUAACUAUGUGACUCCGUUUUCGUCGGAUAUGGUCAUGGUCAUGGUCUCAGAACCCGUUUUGUCUGACGCCGUCCCACCAUCGUCUUUUACAUUCCAGCAAGGGCAACAUGGAUUGGGAAAAGAGUCUUCAAAGCGCUUUCACAGUUUGGUAGAACUUCUGUCAACCGAAGUAGGAUAUCUGUUAGACCUGAAGAUACUGGUUGGAUACCUUCGAGUUUUACCUACGAUGGUUGUUCAGAGUGGGGCUUCCCACUCGAACACAUCCUCAAGCCACAGUAUUGCCCCCUUCUCUCGAACCGGUUCUUCUGCCAUUAUGAUACCAUCGACAGCCCCGAGUCGUGCCAACUCCGCUAGCCAACUAGCGACCGACAUCAUCACACCACAUCCAACGAUUUCUUUGGCACCUCCUUCCUACGCAAGGCCGCCUCGACAUAUCUUCUCGGCUUCUGACGUGGAUGUGGUGACUAGAAAUGCCGAAGACCUUCUGAAGUUUCAUGAGCACUUUGUGGGAGAACUGAAGACAGCAUUGUCUCCGCUCGGCCUGGGCCACGCUCUGUCAGCCCAGGUGAACGGAGCCACCAAUGAGCAGCUAUGCUCCGAGAUGACCCCAACACCGGAAGAGCUCGACGAAGCCAUCCAAGCUGUCUGUCGAAAGUUCAUGCAGAAGACAACAUCAUUCGAACUUUACAGGACGUUCUGCUCGGGGCAUUCAACUGCUGCAGAUAUCGUGCGCAAUGCUCGGCAGUCAUACCCUGCUGAAUGGGAGGGCUUUGAGCAGAAGAGUGCGCUCACAGCAGCAGAACUGCGCAUACUCAUCUCGGAAAAGCCUGAGGUGGUGCUCAACCCGGAUCCACCUGCAGAACCAGGUUUAGGUGGCCCUGGUUUACCCGCACGAACGAAACGCCGUCAUUCCAUCUCGUGCAUUGAAUCUCCUACCCAGCAGCGAUCUUUGUCAAAGAUAAGGUCGAACAGUAACAUUCGAAACUUCACAAGCGCGUCUGAGUGUGACCAUUCGGCUAAAGACCGUACCGACACACGCCCGCAGCUCAGCUUUCAGGAUUAUAUGAUCAAGCCCGUACAGAGACUAUGCAAGUAUCCGCUUCUGUUGAAUCAGCUACAGAAACCUACAGACGGGCUUUUACGCGAGCUCAGCUCGGGUAACACGAAUGAGGCCUCGGCUAAAUCUGACGUAGACUCAGCCGUGACGGGUGCUUUGCUUGCGAUGCGUUCUGUAGCGAGCUCGGUGGAUGAAGCGCGUCGUCUCCAGGACCUAGCAACAAGAUCCAAUGCGGUUGUAACUCGCAUACUCUACGGUGCUUCGUGCACGAAUGGUUCCAAUAAUCGUGCUAGAGAUAUAACCCCCCCAUUUCUUACCUCCCUUGGAUCAUAUCAUCUCGCGGGCCCGCUAGAUGUGGUGCAUCACAAUCAGCACACAAUGACUAGCAAUACAAUUAGAGCGAAGUACAUGGGUGCCUUUCUUUAUCGUGGUGGUUACCUCGUUUUGGUCAAGGUUCUUAAACCCAAGGCAUACGAACCUCGCCACUGGUUGUCAUUGGUGGAUUUUGAGAUGAGUGACUCUGCGACGGACGAAACUAUACUGCCUAGCUGGUUUCGCUUGUCGUAUCGAGGACAUCACUUCGAGUUCGCCGCUUCUUGCCGUCGUGAGAAGGAGAUCUGGGUAGAUGCAAUUAAAGAAGCAGCCUCUGUCCAAGGAAGUUGGGUAGAUGAACCUCAAUCAAGUUUGCUUCUCAACAGGAAGAAUAACCUUGUCACUCUGAGCGACAUUGCUCCGGAGGCGAUUUCGACUUUUGCAAACGCCAAGCAUCCAGAAUCCGAUAACCCGCAAACCGAAGACAAACCUAUGUCCCAUAUUCAGAUACGUCCCAAGGUUUCGCGACAGACCCUCAAAUCCGACUCCGUCUCUAAGGACGAUCCGUCGGCGGCAAGAGCGCCGAGCCGUCGUUCUUCAACAUUAUCCACCAAAUCAUUCUUUAACAGCUCCCCAGAUGCAAUUGACACCAUCCAUCUCGUUCGUUCUACAGCAUCAGCGCGCGACUACGUGAAUCGUUGUUUGUCGGAUGUCACCUCCAGCAGCUGCAUUAAGGCUCGCCUUCAUGCUUAUACCCAUGAGGAGGAACUCUUCCCAGCACAGCGUAUAACGCGUUCGUUCUCAAAGUCGAGCACCGGCCUGGCCAUGGCAAAUGCCGUUGGUGUUGCGGCAAGGAACAAGUUGACCAAGCGAGAGAGCGUUCUUGUCCCUCGCAGAAGGAGUGUAACAGACCACGGGGUGUAUGGAGAGCCCGAGGCACUUUCCAAUAUCACAAACAUCCCUACGAUCAUCGGUCAUCAGAGACGUGGAAAUAAGCUAAGAAUAGUUUCCAUGCCUAGGCAUGCGUCGUCUGAUGACACAGACGAUAUUCGGGUGGAUGCCUUAGUCGAUUCGCCCAAACCGAUGUCUCAGUGCUCGUCGUCGAUGUCUACGCCAGUGUCUCCACUUUGUAGUCCCGGCAUUGGCGCCCCCCUUUCCGCCCCUCCGAUGUUUACAGACAAAUCUCAGGCGAGCAUCAAUCAACAGGACAGUGGUGCUCGGACUGAGAGACGUCAAUCUGUGAUCGACAAUUUCCGGAGCUUCUUCCACUCCCGCGAUAUACCCCAAGUCUCUCAUAACGCGUCCAAUAACGCACGUCGAGAUGGCUCUUCGUCUUCAGGCCUUUUCCGGCUUUGGGCUAGAGAGUCACUACGACGACGAGUGAAAAGCGCACCGGAGCCACCAGCAGAUGAUUUUCGCUCGCAGUCGGAACUGUCCCUUUCUCCCAGCUCUGGUUCUCGAGCAGACGAGGUCGGCUCUGGAAGUCUUCCACCUCGUUCAGAAUCUGUCGCGGCCUUCCUUGAACAGCCUCCAGCAGAUUCGUCGCGUCGAAGAUUCUCGUUUUCGUCGAGCGCCCGCCGACGUUCUCUGAUACCCCCUUUAGCCCUUUCAACACGUAGCCGGCGCGAUUCCAGCGUCAGUCCUCAACGGAAUUCAUUUCUCUCCCGUCUCAACUCGAUAACACCGAGCUCCUCACUGGGGUCCGGUUAGCAUAUUUCGAUGCAUAAAUUGCAAUUCACGAAUCAUGACGACAUAUGUAUGAUCGACCCGAGGUUCCUGCCUACCUUUUACUUCAAUUUUACUUCGUCCUUUUAUUUUUUAUCGAUAUCCACACUUUACGCACCUUGCCAUUAGCAUAUUCUAGGAAGACUAAGCUUGGCCUGUAAGCCGUUACACUUCAUAUACAUCAUCUGUCCUACAUCAC